UUGGCGGGACUUUGCUGCCCGUGCACAAUAGGCUAGAGAUACUGUGUGGCUUGAUGCCGGUCUUCAUUCGGACUUCACUUGCCCUGUCAUCCGGGCCCUUGCCGUCUGGUUCAGUUGCUGGCCAGUAUUCUAGCUUCCGCCCCCAAAAAAUUCGCGAGACCGAGCCACCUCAUUUAGGUGGCUCUCCCCUGUUCGCUCCUAUUCUGGCCUAGAGGUAAAGGGCAAAAAACGCUCCCGUUCUCUCCACCGCAACUGCCAACCGUCAAAAGAUGGAAUCGCCGGUUCCGUUCAGCGAACGACACCAAUGCGGGUCGACAGUGCAGACCGCCCAGCAACGAACGAGGCUCGCUGUUUACCGCUCAAUUGGCCAGCGAAUGUCACUCACGGUGCCAAGCGGGACCCUCUAAAAAUGCGGCGCACUGGCAGUUUGGCACACACACUUAGGGGGCUCGAGAGGAGGCACCAGCCACAGGACUGCGUCAUAGCGUGGAAUCUGUGGAAAGCGCGGGCAGGGCGGGGUGGCAAUGCAGAGGCCCCACAUGCUACUUCAGCGUCUCAUCCGGGCCAAUCACGGGUCCGUAGUUCGGGCGACUGUCUCGCGCUGACAGGCCGCCGACCAACGGACGUCCCGGAUCUUCCCAACCUGAAGGGCUUCCCGUCAUUCUCAACCCUGUCACGCUCGCCAGGCUCCAGUUUCCCGUCGGGUGCUCCAUUCUCAUUCAACACUUGCGGACAUCCAAGAUAUCGAUCAGGUACCUACCUCUAUUCCAUUGUUGACACACCAUCCAUCACCUACCUACUCGACCCGAUAGUAUUCCAGUCGCCGGCCAUCAUCCGUCACGACAACCGUACCCGCGAUAUCCUAACAACUGGAUCCUGCUCUCCAAAGCCCAAGCCCACCGCUUGACUUCAUUCGCUGUCCCCGCCGAGUCCUACGUAGUCACCGACCGUCGCCCCGACCCUAAACCCCCCACCUCCCUCCAUUAGUCCAUCACCGACAGACCAUCUCACCGCGGAAUCAAGAUGGCGAACCGACAGCUUGCAAGAGACAUGCAAGUUGAGUU